CACAGCCAGAACCGCUCGCGCUCCGCCGCUGAACGAUCGCCAUGGCUCUGGUCGGCAUACUGCUGGCAGCCCUGGCCGUGGGCCUGCUGCUGUAUCUGCUGUUCGUCACUUUCUCCAGGCCUGACAACUUCCCACCAGGGCCGCCUCCGAUGCCGAUAUGGGGCAACUACGUGCAGAUGCUGCUGUUCAACUACAAGUACCCAUACAAGGUGCUGGACCUGCUGACACGCCUCUACAAGAGCAAAGUGAUCGGCUUCUACUUCGGGGACAUGCCCGCCGUCGCUGCCUGCGACUACGAGUCGGUCAAGGAGGCGCUCAACAACCCGCACCUACAGGGACGCGUCGUCAACAUCGGGCUCGAGCACAGGAUGUUCGGCAAGAAACUAGGCAUCUUCUUCACGGAUGGCCCCCAGUGGCUGGAGCAGCGGCGGUUUUCGCUGAGGAACAUGCGGGACUUCGGGUUCGGCCGUCGCUCUGAGAAGCUGGAGGCCGAGAUGGGGGCGGAGUUGCGAGACCUGGUGGAGUUGAUUCGAGGGGGCCGCGAAGACCAGGCGGUGGUGCGGCCGUCGUCAGGUGCGAGCAGCGUGCUGCUACCGGAGGCGCUGGCGCCAGGCUUCAUCAACGGGCUGCUGUACGUGUACACGGGCGCGCGGCUGCCGCGCUCCGCGGACGCCACGGCUCGCAUGCUGGGGCGUGCGGCGCUGCAGUUCACCAAGGCCAGCGACACCACGGGCGGCUUCCUCACGCUGCACCCCUGGCUGUCGUGGCUGGCGCCGCGCCUCUCCGGCUACCGGGACCACGUCCACAGCUCCGAGAAGAUGCGUCUCUUCCUGGAGCAAUCUAUUGAAGAACACAAGAAGACGUACUCCGACGAAUACAUGCGGGACUUCAUCGACUCAUACCUGCGGGAAAUUGAAGAGCGAGAGAAGAUUGGAGAACCGACAGCAUUUACCUCAGAGCAGCUGUCCCUGAUUCUGCUGGAUUUCUUCUUCCCGGCUGCCUCUGUGCUGUCAGCCACCUUGACAUGGGCACUCAUCUAUGUGGUUCACAACCCAGAAGUGAUGAGGAAGGUGCAGGACGAAUUGGAUGCAGUCGUGGGCCGCGGGAGGCUACCCACACUAGACGAUCGGCGCAACCUACCGUAUACAGAAGCAACAAUAAGGGAGGUGAUGAGAAUUCGAACCGUCACCCCCAUCUCUGUACCCCAUAAGGCCAUGGAAGACACCACCCUCCAGGGUUACACUGUGCCCAAAGGAACUGUUGUGAUAACAUGCUUAAUUAGCAUGCACAUGGAUGGAGAUCUGUGGGGUGAUCCAAACAACUUCAGACCUGAGAGGUUUUUGGAUACUGAUGGAAAACUCAGCAAGAAAGACUUUACCUUGCCAUUUGGGGCUGGUAAACGUCUGUGUGCUGGAGAGACUUUUGCCCGCCAGAAUUUGUUUCUCACGUUCUCGACACUCCUGCAGAACUUUUCAGUAAAGACAGAUGGCAUGCCUCUGCCAGACAGCAACAUUCCAGGCAUCAUCGAGACAGCUCCUGCAUUCUGGGCACGGUUUGUGCCUCGCUGAUAGGACAUAUCACAUUCCCAGGUGGACAUCCACAAUGAAAAUACAGGCAUGAGGCGAUAGGUACAUUUAUUAAUAAUCAGAUUAGGAUACUGGACAAACAUUAGGAAUUAGUAUUACAUUUCAGUACGGUAUAAAAAGCUCUUGCUGAAUGUGAAUAAUUAAGAAGUAAAGGUACAAGCUCGCUAACUCACUGAAACAAACACACACACACACACACACACACACACACACACACACACACACACACACACACACACAAAAUAUCUGUAUAGAUACGUUGUGCUGCAGUUUGGCAGGUAGACUGGUGUGAUGUUUUUGUGUUAGUUUGAGUGUGCAAUAUGAAAAAACAGGCAGGGAGUGUGAGGGAGGAUUGUGGAAGGGUGGCUGAUGGCUCAGAGGGAGGCAGCAAAUGUGCAAGAUUGGAUUGUGGGAGGGAUAGGCAAUAGAUGACUGCGAUAGAAAUCCAACAAACGGUACUGGAACUGGUGACUUUGUGCAGCGUCUGAUGAUGAUGCUGAUGACAUUGUGGGAGGAGUGGACUGGAAGUGGGUGACAGAACAGAGGGAGGGGAAACUGUGUGAGAGUUGUUGUGGUAUAUUGAGGCCGGAGGAUUCUGGGAACAAAAGAUAUAUUGCAAGGAUAACUCCCAUCUACAUUGUUUUGAACUGAAGGGUGCAAUUUUCUUUGUGUCCAAGUCAGUGUCACUGCAUAAUAUUUGCAUCCCAAAAGCAAAGCUACUUAAUUAAACUGUUAUGUGCUCAAUAUGCAUAUUAUAUUUAAAUUCUUAUCUACACAGAGUGUUUCAGAAUUCCCAUUACAGACUUCUAGUGGCUGUAGAGCGGAUGUAGUAGAUAAAACUUCAUAAUGAACCCAUAUCCGAAAAUGUACCAGUUAGAUACAAUAUAAGUUGGAAGACUGUAUCAGUUUUACUUGAUAUGUGUUCCAUGUUAAAAUUUUAUCUACUAACUUCCCUCCACAACCUGUAGAAGCCUGUAAUAGCAAUUGUGAUAAACCAUGUACUUGGUCCUAAAAAUUUAAUAGAUUCUGCUUAUGCUCUUUCCAUAUUUUAUGGCUUAUUUUUAUUUCAUGGCAUUUUGACUCUUGAUACCAAACGUGUUUUUGAGUAGUUCAGAUUUUAUCUGUUAACUGGGACUAUGUUUCUAAGCUAUCAAGUGUAUUAAUGAUGCAGUCCUGGAUUUUUUCUACUUCACAAUUUGAGUUAUACAACAGUAUCAUCUGAAAGCAGAACUGAUGGAAUGUUGAAAACUGUAUCUGUAUGUAGGCAAAAUUCCUUUACUGAAGUAGUUACGCCCAAUAAUUGCUAUGUAUGAACUUAAAUGUUAUGUAAGACAUGAUACAGGUGAUCAUACAGCAGUUAUUAUUUCAUACCAUAUGGGUUGUAACUAACAGAAGCAUUUCUUUUGGGUUAAUAAACUGCAUUGCAUAUGUAUAAGAUAUCUACAUGCAUACCCCACAAGCCACCACAUGGUGCAUGGUGGAGAAUAUCUUGUACCACAGUUAGUCAUUUCCCUUCCUGCUCCACUCGCAAAUAGGGUGAGGGAAAAGCGACUGUUUAUAUGCCUCCACAUGAGCCCUAAUUUCUGGUAUCUUAUCUUAAUGGUCCUUAUGCAAAAUGUAUGUUGGCAGCAGUAGGAUCAUUCCACAGUCAGCUUCAAAUGCCAGUUCUCUAAAUUUUCUCAGUGGUGUUCCUCAAAAAGAACAUCGCCUUUCUUCCAGGGAUUCCCACUUGAGUUCCUGAAGCAUCUCUGUAAUACUUGGAUGUUGAUUAAAUGCAGUGGUAAUAAAUCUAGUAGCCCAUCUGUGAACUGGUUGUGGAGACCCCAAACAAUUGAGCAGUAUUCAAGAAUGUGUCACACUAGUCUUCUACACAUGGUCUCCUUUACAGAUGAACAACACUUUUCUAAAAUUAUCCCCAUAAACCAAAGUUGACAAUUCGCCUUCCAUAUUGCAAUUUUCAGAAAUCCAUCAGGGACAUCUCAGCCCUUCUAUAGCUGCCAAAGCAGGUGAUGUGAUUGUGACGUGAUUGUGAAGUAGACUUGCAGGGUUUUAGUUUGGGGAAUGCCUGCAGAGUGUUUCCAUCCAUCAUGUGGAGUGCCAAGAGUGAAUUACAGAGGAGGUGGUUGUUACAGUAUGGAGGUGUUUUUUAUGGUUGGAGUGUGAUAACCAUAUUCAACUUGAGAAAAUGUUAAAUACAAAAGGUUUUAACACAUUUUACAUUAUUGUUUAUUGUUUACAACAGAGUAGCAGGUUGGAGAUGAUGAUCAUAUCAGCACGACUUUGCUCCAUACACCAGCAUCCUAGGUCUCUGCCAUCUCUAGUUUCAGCUCUUGAUUAAGAAUGGGGAUUGCAGUUCCUCCACAUAGUGUAAUGUUGAAAAAUAAUCCUUAGUUAACUAUGUCAAUAACAAGUUAUUCAAGCGUUUUU